AUGAAGAAGCCAAAUUACGUUGUUCUCACCAAAGACGCUAUCCAGUCUUGGACCAAGAACGCCAAUGCCUCGGCUGCCUCAAUUGGUAUCUGGUCUCACCUGAGAAGACCCUCUUCCUAUGGCGAGACUGAUUUUCUCCAUGCUAACUACGAAUUCAAAACGUUCAAAGAUACCUGGAAAUUCUUGAACAAAGUAGCAGAUGGUGCCAAUUCCUUGAAACAUCAUCCAACCAUAACCACGACAUACAAUAAGGUCGAAUUUCUUCUCACAACUCAUGACGUUGGCCACAGGGUAACCAAUAUGGAUAUUGAAUUGGCCGAAGCCAUCCGGAAGGAAUUCCAUCCUUUUGAUAAAGAAGUUGACAAGCCUGCUUUCGAGAAAUGA